CACCGACAGCCUUAUCACUGUCACACCGGUAAAUAAACCAUUAACCUUCUUACAGAAUUCAUCACUUCAUUGGUAAAGUUCUCAGCAGUAUUACAGUGCGCAGCGGCUCUCUAUAAUGCCGGGUUUGGAUCUGAAGUUUCUGGAGAGACCGCGCCGGAAGUUUUACUGCCCGCUGUGCGAGAAGCCGAUGCGGGAGCCGGUGCAGGUUUCCACCUGCGGACACCGCUUCUGCGACACCUGCCUGCAGGAGUACCUCAGUGAAGGAGUGUUCACAUGCCCAGAAGACCAGCUGCCACUAGAUUAUGCAAAGAUUUUUCCAGACUUGGAGCUGGAACAGCAGAUUCUCUCUUUGCCCAUCCGCUGUAUCCACAGUGAGGAGGGCUGUCGCUGGACUGCACAGAACAAGCUCCUUCAGGCCCAUUUGUCAGUGUGUGAGUUUAACGUGGUGUCAUGUCCAAACCGAUGUUCUGUGAAGCUGCUGCGUCGUGAACUACCCGAGCACCUGCAGCACGACUGUGCUAAGAGAAAACUCCACUGCGAUCACUGUGGAGAACAGUUCACCGGAGAGGCAUACGAGAAUCAUCAGGGUGUUUGUCCUGAGGAGAGCGUGUACUGUGAGAAUAAAUGUGGUGCUCGUAUGGUGCGCAGACUUUUGGCCCAGCACUCGGUUUCAGAGUGUCUUAAACGCAAACUUCCUUGCAGAUACUGCAAAAAAGAGUUCCUCUAUGACACUAUUCAGAAUCAUCAGCAGCAGUGUCCACGUUUCCCCAUGCAGUGUCCUAACAGAUGCGGCACACCGGGAAUCACCCGAGAUACUUUAAUGGCGCAUGUGAAGGAGGGAUGCAGUACUGCUAUGGUGCUUUGUCCAUUCAAAGAGGCUGGCUGCAAACACAGGAGUCCUAAGACCGGGGUGGCUCGACACCUUGAAGAGGCUGCACCGACACACCUCUCUCUCCUGUGUGGCCUGGUAAACCGCCAGAGGCUGGAGCUGAGGGAUCUCCGGCGCCGUAUGGAGGAGCUCUCCGGAAGUCGAGACGGCACACUGCUCUGGAAGCUCACAGACUUCAGCCAGCGGCUGCAGGAGGCCAAAACCAGGACGUCUGGGUGUCUGGAAUUGUUCAGUCCUGCUUUCUACUCUCACAACUAUGGCUACCGUCUGCAGGUGUCUGCUUUUCUCAAUGGGAAUGGCAGCGGCGAGGACACGCACAUGUCCGUCUACCUCCGUGUUCUUCCAGGAGAGUAUGAUGGGCUUCUAGAGUGGCCUUUCCCUUACCGUGUUUCCUUCUCGCUGUUGGAUCAGUGCGAUCCGGCGCUCACCAAACCCCAGCACAUCACAGAGACCUUCAGCCCAGAUCCCACCUGGAAGAACUUCCAGAGGCCACGGCCUGGAGCUCUGGGAAGUAUUCGCGGAGGCUGUCUGGAUGAGAGCAUGCUGGGAUUUGGCUACCCAAAGUUCAUCUCCCAUGAAGAGAUGAAGAAAAGGAAUUAUAUCAGAGACAACGCUGUUUUCAUUAAAGCAUCUAUAGAUGUGGUCCAGAAGAUACUAAACUGAGUUUUGAAAUCAUUGAUAAAUAAUGUGAAAAUACAACACUUGCACUCAUCUGUUCAAAAUGAGGAGCUUUUUAAUAACAAAUGUAUGUUUAAUUAGGGUUUUACCACAAAUGAAGGAUUUUGAGAUACUGUGAGCAUGUGAAAUGUGAAUACAUUAUUUUGCUUGUCCUUUUUUCUAUUGUAUGUUUCAAAUAAAUCACAUUGACUCUUG